AUAAGGUCUAAUUCCCAGCCUCUUGUUACAACGGCACUUGAUCAGGUGGGCGGGCCUUGAGAGCAGCCAGCCCCCGCCUUCCCCUGAUCCUCCACUGAGAGAAAGAGCGAGAGAAGAGGAGGGAGGAGUGGGGAAGAGUGAGAAAGAGAGAGAGGCAGACUGACUCUGUGAGCUGGAGAAUGGAAGAGCAGUGUGUGAGAGCAAGAGUGAGAGAGAGAGCACGAGUACUCUGAGUUUAUGAGAGCUCCAGUCACUUCAGUUACUGUAGGACAACACAGCAGAUUGCUAUCGCAGCACACUGAGAGGAGGACACUAGAAGAAAGAGAUUGACAAAGAGCCUCUCUUCAUUAAGAGGGCACAUCGUGGGACUGACAAUAGCAGCCAACCAGAAGAGUCGUAGGUCGGUGUGUGGUGAACAACUUCUCCUUCAUCCCCGAGAGAUCACAACCCCUGCAAAGUGCCGAGAUGAUCACAGGGGUCUUUCUGAUCUUGUGGCUGACAGCUCACGGAGUGAAUGCCAUGUUCGCGCAGCAGCCUCAAGACUUGGUAGUUGUGGCUGGUCAGCCGGUCACGCUCCCCUGCUCUAUCCCUGGUUACCACGGUGUUGUGCUCUGGAUCAAAGAUGGUCUCGCUUUGGGUGUUGGAAGAGAACUUAUAGGUUACCCUCGCUAUGCUGUGGUCGGGGAUCACGGUUCUGGUGAGCACCACCUUCGCAUCCAAAGGGUGGAGCUGACGGAUGAUGCUGUGUUUGAGUGUCAGGCCAUCCAGGCUGCCUUGAGGUCUCGUCCAGCUCGACUCACUGUGCUAGUUCCACCUGAUGACCCCGUUAUCAUCGGAGGGCCUGUGGUGAGCCUGAGAGCGGGCAACCCCCUCAAUCUGACGUGUCACGCAGACAAUGCCAAACCCGCCGCCUCGAUCAUCUGGAUCCGAAACGGAGAGGUGCUGAACGGAGCCACGUACUCUAAGACUCUUCUUCGAGAUGGACGAAGGGAAAGCACUGUAAGCACCCUCUACAUUUCAGCCUCCAACAUUGAAACCGGGCAGAAGAUCAUCUGCCGGGCGUCCAACAAGGCCGUGCCCAAUGGGAAAGAGACCGGUGUCACUAUUGACAUUCAACACUUGCCGUUGGUGAAUCUCUCGGUGGAGCCUCAACCGGUCCUGGAGGGAAACCUGGUGAAGUUUCAUUGCUCAGCCAAAGCUAAUCCACCAGUCACCCAAUACAAGUGGGCCAAAGGAGGAAGCGUGAUAAAGGAAGUGUCUGGAGACACUUAUGAGGUCAUAGUGGAUCACUCAUUCUUCACAGAGCCAGUUUCAUGUGAGGUCACCAACCCGCUUGGGAGCACAAACAUCAGUCGGAAUGUGGAUGUCUACUUUGGACCUCGGAUGGCUGCAGAGCCCCAGUCUUUACAGGUUGACCUAGGAUCCGAUGCUAUGUUUAACUGUGCCUGGACUGGAAACCCCUCUUUAACUAUUGUAUGGAUGAAAAGGGGCUCAGGAGUGGUGCUAAGCAAUGAAAACAUCUUGACAUUGAAAUCUGUCAGGCAAGAGGAUGCUGGGAAGUAUGUGUGCCGUGCUGUGGUGCCUCGUGUUGGAGCGGCCGAGAAGGAAGUCUCUCUCACCGUAAAUGGACCUCCAACCAUCUCCAGCACACAGACCCAUCAGGCUCCACACGGGGAGAAGGGACAGAUAAAAUGUUUCAUCCGCAGCACGCCACCCCCAGACCGCAUUGCCUGGUCCUGGAAGGAGACCGUCCUGGAGUCAGGGACAUCAGGUCGCUACACAGUGGAGACAGUAAGCACAGAGGACGGAGUGCUGUCCACCCUCACCAUGAGCAACAUCGUACCUGCCGACUUCCAGACCAUCUACAACUGCACCGCCUGGAACAGCUUUGGCUCCGAUACAGAGAUCAUUCGCCUCAAGGAACAAGAAUCCCUCCCUGUUGCUGUGAUCAUCGGCGUGGCAGUUGGUGCUUUCGUUGCUUUCAUCGUCCUCAUGGGAACCAUCGGCGCGUUCUGCUGUACGCGCUCUCAGAGAAAGAAAACAGCUCAUCCAUGUACAGAAGACGCUCACCUGGUUAUGCCUACACUGCCCACCUCCAUCUGUGCUCAGCAGAGAGAACUUGCAAGCAAAAUUAAAACAGAAAACCUCAAAGGAGUGGUAUCAGCCAAGAACGACAUUCGAGUGGAAAUCGUACACAAAGAUCACAACGCAGCCCGAGAAAACGAGGAUCACUCCGCCAUGAAACAGCUCAUGAUUGAACAGGGAGAGUUUCAGCAGGAGUCCGUUCUGAAGCAACUUGAGGUACUUCAGGAAGAGGAGAAGGAGUAUCAGCACAUCAAGGACCCAACAAAUGGAUACUACAGCGUGAACACCUUUAAGGAGCAUCAUGGCACCCCAACCACGCUGGCCGGAAACCAGACUGCAGAGCUCCGUCGAGACCCUGCCACAGCCACCACCGGCAAGCAGCGGGUUCCCACUGGAAUGUCUUUCACCAACAUCUACUCUACAUUGGGUGCUGGACCCAACCGCCUGUAUGACUACAGCCAGCGGUUCGUGCUGGGCAUGGGCAGCAGUUCCAUCGAGCUUUGCGAGCGAGAAUUCCAGCGAGGAUCGUUGAGCGAUUCCAGCUCUUUCCUGGACACACAGUGCGACAGCAGCGUCAGCAGUUACAGCAAACAGGACGGCUACGUGCAGUUCGACAAAGACAGCAAGGCUUCAGCCUCCUCCUCGUCCCAUUACUCUCAGUCAUCAUCCCAGAACUCAGACCUCACGCGGCCACUGCAGAAACGCAUGCAGACCCACGUCUGACUGCAGGAGAUGGAAAGAAGACAGAGGAAUCCAGUGCUAGGAUUGGCCAAAGGGGAUUGAACCCCCCCCCCCCCCCCCCCCCCCCAGAUGAGAAUCAGGAACCAGUACAAGCACAUAUAGCACGCCAGUUUCAUUUUAUCCUCCACUUCUGUUGCUUUUAACAUUUAUUUGAUAUAUGUGGAUUUCCUCAAUUGUCCAGAUCUUAUUUGCAGCUCUGAAAAGCCUUACCGGUUUCAGAACCUUGUUUUGGUCCUUCCAAAAGCUCUAAAUAUCUGGGCCAAAAACAGUGUGCCACAGAGAUGUUACUUGCCAACAUAAAAGGAACCUCUGAAUAGAACUUGUGUCCUUGUUAUAGUUACUUUGAAAUGGCUCGGAAUGUCCUCUUCAAAGAAAGCAUAGCAGCAUUGCUCAAAUGAACUCUUUGAAGACAGUUGAUGGAGGCUACACUUCAUAACACUGUAGUCAAUUCACUCCUCUGCACCACUAGAGAACAAUGCUCGGUUGCUCUUGUACAUUAAAGCACAACUGUUAAAGUUGUAUGUAAGACUUUUCAAUGGCUCUACCACAGCUAGCUAUACAAAUUAUAUAUAUAUAUAUAUAUAUAUAUAUAUAGGACAAAAAUGUAUGAACUGAAUUAACAACUAAUGUCUGUCAGAAUCUUUGGAUUCUGGCCCUUCUGACAAAGGUUUGUCUGACAUACAAAUUUGAGAUGUGGCUCUGAGCUGUCGGUUUACCAUGCAGAGAUGGGAUAUAUUUGUGUACUUUGUUGUUCUUUCUUUCUGAAAAUUCUUUAUUUUUAGUGUUUUAACAACAUGGUUAUAAAAUUAAUUGGACUCGCACUGGGAUCUAGGAGAAUGAUGUAAUCUGCUUGCCUUGAGUAAGACUAUUCAAGGUGUGUAGACAUUCGUGGUUGUAAGAAGAGGGAUUUUCACUUUUUAAAAAAAAAACUCUUAUUUCCAAAAGGGUUGAUUUGGGUUGGUGUGAAUAAUGCACCGAUGGUCGGAAACAAUGAUGUGUUUGGAUUUUAAAAAUACACUCGUCCUGUUGUGAGAAGUCGAAUUAUGACAAAAAAAAAUCUUCCUUUCGAUUCAUAAAAAAAUCAUCUGUGCUUGUUACACAUGUGCUGGAGAUCUUUUCAAACUGCUUGUUUCUUGCAGAACACACAUUUUGUUAACAUUGAAAACACUGUAAAUCACGAUCCGAGUAGUUCGCUUUUUGCUCCAGAUUGAGUCUCUCUAUUGUUCAUGUGGUUGGCAUUGGACUGUAGAGCACUGAGUACUCUCACUGUUAUAAGUGAGUAAUUUGUGUACAUGUUUUUUGAAUGGAGUGUGGGCAUUCAUGCUUAAUGUAAAUGUAUGUUGUUUUAUUUUCCUUUUUUCAAUGUUUUAGUCUACAGAACUGAAAUUGCAAUUCAUGACACUACUGAUAACUCAAGCACUUCUAGACUCAACACUUGUAAAGUAAAACCACUCUUCGACCUGAAUCAGUGUGCUGGUAUCAAGCUAACAACAAUCAAGCUUCCUAUGACAUGCAGAAAGACACAAACUACCCAAAAGCCAGUGCUGUGGUGUAUGAAAAGCUGUAAACUAGAGACAUACAGCCAACUAUAGUGACAAAACCUUUAGUAAAGAAUAGCUCCAGACAGACAUAUUUCCAGCUGUUCUGAAACUAUAACUCUUCCAGGACUCUUCGCAAGAGACUUUAGCUUAAGCCACAGUUCCAAUGAUGCUGGCCCACAUGCUUUGCCAAAAGAAAUGGGUGCAUUUGAUUGAUUGGAUCAUCUACUCUAUUUCCCAAUUCAUUCUGCAUUUUGUUUAUCAAUACCCUGAGGAGAAAUAGUCAGACUGCCAAAAAAAAAAAAAAAGUCUCAAUUAUAGAAACAUGUUUCUAGUGCUAGACUAGAGUACAGCCAUUAUCUAUGUGGUGUUACAUUUAAGUGGCAUAAUUGUAUGAAAUUGCCACUGACCCCUUAUAACAAGGUUCAGGCUCAUCCCAGUACGAGUAACAACUCUACUUGCAUCCGGUGAUACCGACACCCUUUUUCGCUGCCAAAGUUUACCCGGGUUAUAUGACAUUCUGAACCUACAUUUAGUUGACUAACCCCUCCAGUCCUGCCCUGUUACUGCACAAACAGAUAGGGUGUGAAAGCUAUCAGUGUUUUUUGCUUAUCGAAGCUUCCAAAACUUCACUCCUCUUUUAAACUUUUCUCCUCUUCAAGUCAUCUCCCAUUCCUCCUUGCUCAUAAAGAUAAAUAUGACCAGAGACGAUCCCUUAUAUAAGCAAGGAGGAGGAACUGUGGCAUCUCCCACUUGAACUGCAAAGAUCUUGGUUUUAACCCAGAGGAAGAUUUGUGAUUUGUACCGACCUGACAAUCCCUCCCUUUAACCCGAAAACAAGAAACACUGCAAGGUGUGACGCCGCUGAGUCAGUUGGCUCUGUAAGCACUUUACGUAUGAUUAUAUUUGUGGCAUUUCAAUGGGUUUCAUACAUGAGUGCUGUUGGAUGAGUCUAAUUUUACAAAUGGAUUGGUGCCCAUUGUGUGGCUUAAACACGAAAAGGCCUGUUUCAGUGCUGAUAAUGCAGCUCAGUCCUCACUACACUGUAUAUAAAUCCCUCAUGCUCUCUGUGUAAAUUUGCAGUUAUUUUGCUUUGUUCUUUAGUCAGUUUGAUUCAUAAAGUGCAGAAAGCAAAUUGCACUAUUGAUGCUGUACAAACGAUCACUUUAUAUUUGAUAUUUUUUUCCUCUUUCAGCAUAGCCAAUUCUAUAGCCAUAGGCAGAGAAGUGUUUCAAAUUAAAUGUCCAUAUGUUUCUUACA